AUAACCGUUCGAUAACCGUUACAUCUGUAUUUUCAAAAACCGUCCCAGGUUACAGGGCUGUUAUCUUGUGUGAUUCAAACAACACCAGUAGAUAAAGAAUCACUUUGUUACGAAAUAUUUUUUAUUAUUUAUUUAUUCAGUUUUUAAUUAUAAUUUUUAAACUAUAUUUUAAAAUCAACCAUGCCUAAAGCUAAGAGAGAGACAAGUUCUAAACAAGCUAGAAGUAAAGUAGGCUUGCCACAGCUUGACAUAUUUAACGUUCCUGCUGAUGAAAUGGAUGAUGACGAAGAUGAUGCAGAAUUAGAGGCAGAACUGUUGGCUAUCAUUUCUCCGGGAUCAAAGAAGUCACCAAUGAUAAAACCAAAAGCCCUACCUGUUCCUCAAGCCAAUCUAGAUUCUAUGGUUGCUGAAAGUCUACAAGAUAUUCCUUCUGAUGUAUCUUCAGGAGAUGAAGAUGACCCAUCACUUCUUGCUGAAUUGCAAGCAUAUACAGGAGAAAAACCCCUUGAAGCCCCUGUUUCGUCUAGUUCUGUUAUGGCAGGUUCUAAUGUGAAUCUGCUAAGUUUAUUACAGGAACGUUUGCAAAUGUAUAAAGCAGCUGAAGAAAAUGCAAAAUCGACUGGAGAUACAUCCAAAGCUAGACGGCUAGGCAGAGGUUUGAAAACACUCAACGAACUGCUCAAAAAAGCACAAAGUGGAGGACAUGUUGAUGAAAAUGAUAUUCCUUUACCUGUGACAGUCUCUACUAGAAAACCUCCCGCAGAUGUCUCGCCGGUUUCAGAAAAUGAAAUUCCAAAAGAUAAUGAUAAUCCUCCGCCUGUACCACCUAGAAGAUCCUUGUCAAAAGUUGAGCCUCCGAAAGAAGAGCAAAAAGAUAUUGAGAAUAUUUUAAAAAUACUGACUGAUCGAAGGGAUGAGUACAAGAAAGCAGCCGUCGCCGCUAAGAAAAGUGGUGAUCUUGAGACAGCCAAGGCUCAUGUUCGUGUUAUAAAGCAAUUUGAAACUGUAAUUGAAGGGGUGAAAGAGGGACAGCCCGUAGACCUAUCAACAAUGCCACCUUCUCCAGGUGUCGUAACCUCAAGCCCAUUAUCAGCUCCACAACCGCCUCCAGUGCAGGCAGAAAAACAGAGAGAACCUCCUCCAUCGAUUGCUCAGGAGGAAGCAGCAGGUGAAACCAUUGCUGAACCUACUAGUAUACUAGAGGCAUUAGAGCAGCGGCUAGCGGUUUUUCGAAAACAAGCAGAGACAGCAAAAAGUGAAGGAAACAGCAGCAAGGAGAGGAGAAUGGGUCGGAUUUCGAAGCAAUAUGAAGAUGCUAUUCGCUUGCACAAAGCCGGAAAGGAGAUUCCUGUCGAUGAUCUCCCAACUCCUCCGGGAUUUCCACCGAUUCCAGUUGAGAAAAAAGCACCUCCACCCCCGGUAACUCCCAGCCCACCAACCAGGGCUGAAAAUAAACCCCCACAAAUUUCUCCAAAACCACCGGCAAAAAUGACUCCGUCUCCUCAACCUUCCCCGUCUGGUCCACAGUCCGGUCGUGUCACUAGGCAAGAAAAGCAACUUGCAUUGCUGCUUAAGAGGCAAAAGGAAUGGAAAGAGGCAGCAAUUGCUGCUAAAAAAAGUGGAAACUUAGUAAAAGCGAAGGAAUGUUUAAGGCAAGUAAAAGGAAUUGAUCCACUUCUUGAAGCUUCGCGAUCUGGUCUUCCUAUUGAUAUGGCUACCAUUCCUGUUGCUCCUCAAGACAAAUUAAAUGAUGGAUUUGAAGUUGUGAGUAUUAAGGACUGCCUACCUGGUACUAACGCAGAAAUCUAUGAACAACUUAAAGUAGAUCUUAAACGUCAGUUUGAGAUGUGUUUAGAAACAAAGCAGCAUUAUAAAGCCCUUGGAGAUGUGGCGAAUGCUAACAUGUUCGAACAGCUAGCGGUCCACACCAAAAAGGAUCUCGACAGAGUAAUCGUACUCCACGAGAGGGAUGAUCCGGUCCCCAGGUUCCAUUAUGAAAUGAGGAACUUUUCUAUUGUCAAGGCCAAUACCGAUUUAAACGAUAACGAUCUACAAUUAAGCAUUAUUCAUGGUAUAAAUUACAACGUUCCCAACCCUAAAGAGAUAGACACUUAUGUUCGAUAUGAAUUCCCUUUUCCUUCUGAGGAUCCAAAAAGGGAUAAGACGUCUACUGUUUAUAAUACAAAUAAUCCUGAAUAUCUCACGACCUUUGUAAUACCUAUUUUGAGAACUAACAGAGCUUGUCAAAGAGUCUUUAAAAGGCAUUCAUUGAAGCUUGAAAUAUGGUCUAAAGGUGGGUUUUUGAGAAGUGAUUCAUUAGUCGGUACUGUGAACGUUAAGCUCCAGCCUUUAGAAACCAAAUGUACCAUCCACGAUUCUUUUGAUCUAAUGGAUGGAAGAAAACAAGUCGGCGGGAAAUUGGAAGUAAAACUUCGGCUCAGGCAUCCGAUUCAAGCUAAAGAAGUUCAACAAGUCCAAGAGAAAUGGCUUAUUAUCGAUUAGAUUUAACAAUUUUAAUUCCCUGAAUUUUUUGUACGUUUAAUUAAUUAUCUUAUUAUAAUUAUUUAUGUAAGCAGUUUUAACAAAAAUUUAAUACAGGAUUCAUAUUAUUUCCAUUUUGUUAUGUUACAACAAAUCAAUCAAUAAUUAUUUUAAAGGGAGUGUUUUUGUGAUACGUUAUUUUAAUUAUUAUAAUGUAAACUAUGAAUUUACAAUAUGGUAGUGGUUUCGCUUAUUAAAUAAUUGAAUAUAUAUAUUUUUUUAUUAUUUUGAGUUAUCUUGAUUUGUUGACAUAUUAAAAAAUUCUGACAUUUAUAAAAUUAUAACAAUAGUUGUAGUUUAGCAAUGGCCCUAUUUCCUUCUAAGAAUUUCUAAGUAGUCAGUAUAACAUAAUUUUUUAUUUUGAAUCAAAUUUAUUAGAUCUGUCAGGUGCAAUCUCUGCCCAAUAGAUCUUUAACAAUAUGGAAAUAGACCAAUUAAUAAACUAGAACAAAUUUUCCAUAUUGAAAAAACAUUGUUUCUGUAAUAGAAAAUACACUUUCUAUAUUUGUUUUUUUCGAUAUCAAAAACAUAGUAAUUGAUUAAGUAUUAACUUGACUAAAUUUAGAAUUUUAUAGAUUAUAAAAUUUAGCCAUUGAGACCAUUUACGUUUGCUAGUUUUCCAUCUAUUGUUAUUUGAAAAUAGAAAUACUUAUUGAAUCAUGUGUAUAUAUAUUGUAAUAAUGUGCUUAUAUACUAAUUUCUAAAUGUAGAAAGAUACUUAUCUACAUUGAAUUAUUUAUAAUUAUUGAUCAGAGACAUUUUUUUUAUUUUAUACAAUUUAUUUACUUUUAAUAAUAUUGUAAAUUUUCUGCAUUUGAAAUGAAGUUAUUACUUCCAUCUUUAGUUUUCUUCUUUCUCUGACGCUGUGAUAACUUAGUUUACUCAAAUCAAUUUUACGUGAAAGCAUGUUAAAAUUAAUUGAACCAUUCUGAUGCUGUGCCUUACUGUGAUUCUAUAUUUGAAUGAAUAAAUUAAAUUGUUUAGUUUUAUUUGUUGCUAUCCGAUUGUAAUUUUAUAUAAUCAUGUGUUUAUUUAUUUUUCAUCCAUUCCAGAGGUCUCACAAAUAUAUUUUUGCUGAGAGAA